AUGUCUACCCUCAAACCCCUCACCCUCUGGGGCGCCGGCGGGCCCAACCCGCCCAAAGUAGCCAUGACACUCAACCUCCUCUCCCUCCCCUACACCAAAAUCCCAAUCCCACUCUCCGAAGUCAAGAACCCCAAAUACACCUCCCUCAUCAACCCCAACGGCCGGGUGCCUGCGAUCCAAGACCCCAACACCGACACGGUGCUGUGGGAGAGCGGUGCGAUCGUGGAGUAUUUGGUCGAGACGUAUGAUAAGGAAAGGAAGAUCAGCUUUGAGAGGGGGACGAAAGAGGCUUGGGAGGCGAAGCAGUGGGUGUUUUUUCAGGUUAGCGGGCAGGGGCCAUACUACGGCCAAGCCUCCUGGUUCAAGACCUUUCACGCAGAAAAGCUUCCCAGCGCGAUUGAGCGCUACGUGAAGGAGAUCAACCGCGUGACGGGCGUCUUGGAUACACAUCUCUCCAAGCAGAACGACAAGUAUGGCAAAGCCGGGAAUGGGCCAUGGCUCGUAGGCGACAAGCUCUCCUACGCGGACGUUUCGUUCGUCAUGUGGCAGUAUCUCGUCACCGAGCUGCCGGGCUUCAAGGGAGAUGUGAACAUGGACGAGUAUCCGUUCGCGAAGGAUUGGCUGGGGAGGUUGUUGGAGGUUGAGGGGAUGAAGAGUGUUAUUGAGAGUUCGAUGGCGGCGAUGCACCAGACGAGUGAGUGGCAGGGUAUUGAUAAGUAUUUGCCAUGA